CGGCCGGAGGGCCCCGCAUGGUCACCGUGGAGCGCGUCACCGUGCGCCGCACGCUCGUCGAGCUGCCCUCGGCGUCGGCGUCGGCGUCGCCGCCGCUGUCCAAGUCGCCCUCGCUGGCAUCUCUGCGCGCCGGCGCCGGCUCCGUCUCCGAAGACAGCAGCGACGGCGCCGAGUUCCGCAGCAUCGCCGCGCGCCUAGAGGCCGUGCGCAGCCGCUCUCAGUACGACUCGCACAUCGCCGAGGUCAAAGAUGAACAAGAACGCGUACAAAAGAAGACAUUCGUCAACUGGAUCAAUUCGUAUUUAUCCAAGCGAGUUCCACCGCUAAGGAUAAACGACUUGAUCGAGGACCUGAAGGAUGGAACGAAACUUCUUGCGCUGCUGGAAGUCCUGUCUGGAGAGAAGCUGCCCAUGGAGAGGGGACGCAACUUGAAAAGACCACAUUUCCUUAGCAACGCCAAUACUGCACUUCAGUUUCUACAAAGCAAAAAGAUAAAACUUGUCAACAUUAACUCAUCAGACCUAGUAGAUGGUCGACCGCCCGUUGUCCUUGGUCUUAUAUGGACUAUCAUUUUAUAUUUCCAGAUUGAGGAGAACACCCGAGCUCUCGAAUCCCUUAGCCGGGCCUACAGUAGUAGUGCCAGCAGCCUAGAGAGUGUUGGUGUCCCACGCUCAGCUGAAGAGCGUCGCAUGGUUGAUGAGAAGCACCGUCAGGGUGCCCGAACUGCACUUAUGCAGUGGGUGACCAAUGCCUUACCUAAAGACUUAGGAGUAGAGAUAAAAGACUUUGGACCUAGUUGGAGGGAUGGUGUAGCAUUCCUUGGGAUAAUUGAUGCCAUAAAGGCAAACCUUGUAAAUAUCUUAGCAAUGCGUGAAGCGAGUAAUAGAGAACGCCUCGAGACAGCAUUCAGUGUUGCAGAGAGUGAACUGGGUAUUGCUCGACUCCUGGAUCCAGAGGAUGUGGAUGUGCCGAGGCCUGAUGAGAAGUCAAUUAUGACAUAUGUGGCACAGUUCCUACACAAAUACCCAGAACCUAAGACUGCUGAUGGGUCUAGUACAUUAGCUGCAAUUGAAGCAGAGUACAAUGAAUUUAUAACUUGGCUUUUGCAAAAAACACAGUACAUGGAACACCUUCAACAAACAAAUACAUUGUCAAUGAAUUAUUCUGAUUUCCUGUUAUUUAAGAAUGAAGUUGAUAGUAGAGUGCCUACAUACGAGAAGCUGAAGCGAUUAGUGGAAUCUCAAAGCAUGAUCAGUAUUACCCAUGAGUCAUGGAAAGAAAUUGAAAGCUUAUGGUACAAACUGCAAGCACAGCUGCGGAAUUGGUUGUGGUUGCUAGAUUCCCGUCUGCCAGGUGCCUUGGGUGAAGUAGGGCAGUGGCUUGCCCGUGCAGAAGCCCUUAUUGAUUCUGAUGAUAUACCUACUGCCAUGAAUGAAGAGACAGCCAGUAUUAUCAGCCGACGACUGGAAGAACACAAGGCUUUCUUUGCUGACCUACCUGCUGUACAAAAGAAGUUUGAGGAAGCAAGAAGCUCAUCACUUUCUAGUAAUGUUUCACCUGAGCAACUCCAAAUGAUGGCAAAACGAUUGGAAGAAAUUGGUCCAAAAGCAGCAAAGAGGCGCAUCAGACUGAAAUUCCUUGAGCAUAAGUGUUGCCUCAUAGCCUUCCUCCAUCUGACGGAGUCAAAAUUGCGAGGUUGGGCUGUAAAAUAUGGCCGUGAAGAAAAAGUGCAACAAUUGCUGGACCAAUAUAGAAACUUCGUUUCUCGUAACCGAAUCUUCCAGGAGUUCAAUAAAGCAUAUAUUGACAUGCAAAAGGUUGUAGAAGAGUACAAACGAGAAGGAAAUGUAGAUCAACGAGAAAGUGUGUUGAUAGAUCACUUCAUGCGUGAAACUGCUGAACGGUGGAAGAGUGUAUCUAUGGAGCUCCGCUGUGUGCAAAGUAUGUUAGAAGAAGUUGUUGCAUACUGGCGCCGCUGGAACAGUUUGGUGGAUGAGUUUGAAGCGUGGCUCGAUAGAGCAUACGGAAUGCUGGACCUCCAAGAGGAUGACAAACUAGAAUUUUUCCAGGACUUGAGUGUUUGGAAGGACAAGUAUCAACUAUUAGGUGACACUGUUAGUUUCCUCAUUGCAACGUGUGAGGAUCAAGUUGCCCAUGAGCUGAAAGAACGAUACUUGGUAAUAUCAUCCCGUUGGGAAGAUCUGUUCCAGCACGUUAAACAGUACAUGCAUGCUGGCGAUAUUCUAAGAAACCGGAAGGACUACCGAGCAGGGAUUGACAAACUACAGAAGUGGUUGCGUACUGCAGAAUCUGUUCUGUCUUCAUCACAAUUAAGUUCGACUGAAAAGAUAAAAGCUUAUGGACAGAGACUACAGCAACUACAAAGCGAAGUGGAAGACAUUGAAGAUCUAUUUAAGAAUGUCAGCAAGAUUUUCCAGUCCAUGCUUCAAGAUCUUUCUCGGGAGGAAGUUGACAGAAUCAUGAACACACUUAAAAAGGAGAAAGAGGCUCUUGUUCGUGUCCGAGCAUUAAUACCAAUGCAGCUCCACCUUUUCCACCAAAUCCUAGUGCAACAAGAGUCCCUGGAAACAGGACAGGCGGAAAUCAGUCAAUGGCUUGAUGAGGCAGAAACCUUCUUGUCAUCACUAUCACUUACAGGUGGUCAGGAGAGUGUCCAAGCUCAACUUGACAGGCACAAGGCAUUCUUUUCACGAACUCUGUAUUAUAAGUCAAUGCUUGAAAGCAAAAACAAAAUAUUCCAAAGUAUUGUGAAAUCAGUGGAUCACACAGAAGGUGUUGAUACAGAAGAUUUCAACCUCAAAAUGAUACAACUGAAUGAUCGUUUUGCGCGUGUAACACAGCAAGCACAGCAAUGGGAACAAAAACUGCAGGAGGCUAAUAGAUGUUGGCAUAAUUUCCAAGAAAGUGAAAAGAUUAUUUCAGAAUGGUUGCAGAAGGCAGAAAAACUCAUUUCUGAAAAACAUAUAGACACAAAACAAACAAUUGAAGUUCACAAGGCUUUCUUUGAACGAGUGAAUGAACAUUGGAUUCAAGAUCUGAUAAAUGCAGCCCAGGACUUGAGAAAUUGUUUGCCUGCAGAUCAGCAAGGUACUAUCAAGGCUAUAGUUGACAGGCUUCAAGCAAAAUGGAAGGAAAUACUGUCCUUCGCACCACUCCAUCUAAUGCGGUUGGAAUUCCGGCUGGAUGAGGCAACAUUUAACCAGUAUUUGAAAGACAUUGAGAAAGAGAUUUCAGCAGAACAGCAAGCAUUUGAUCGUCAUGAAGAUGUCGAAGCUAUCCUGACAAGGCAUCGUGAGUUCUUCACACCUGGUACAAAGGGAAUUUUGUGUCAGGUUGAACGGUGCCUUGAAACUAUGACCAAAGUGACAACCUCAAGUAGUGAUGCUCAACUGGCUGAAGCGCUUUCCCAGGUCCAAAAACAGUGGCAAGUUGUGUCACGCCGAAUAGACAACAUGUUGCAACAUCUGCAGCAAGUACCAGCUCAGUGGGAGAAAUAUCAUCAAAAAUUUAAUGAAAUGGUGACUUGGAUGGAUUCAGUCGACAGAAGUUUAAAAAAUAUAGUCAAUGAGGUGAACACACUUGAAGAAUUUGAAAAAGAAAGGGCCAUUUUCCAGGGCAUAUGUCGUGAAGUGGAUGCUAGGCGUGAAGAUAUGAAAUGGCUGGUGCAGACACUUGAUGCAUUGGUUGCACAUUGUUCAGAUGAAGAAGGUUUAGCAGAGCAACGUCAAUUGGAGCAGCUUAUAUCACGAUACAAGACUCUAAUACCUAACAUUGAACUGACAAUGAUUAAGACUGAUGUAUACUACAAGUGUUACACUUACAGGAAAGAAGUUCGUGAGGUAUGUAGUUUACUACAGAAAGUGAAAGAAACUUCACAAACAGGUCCACAUCCAGAAACACUGGAUUCUGUAGUUGCAUUGGUUCGACAACAAGAAUCUGCUGUAACACAGUUGGAUCAACAGCGUCCUAACAUCAUGAGCAUGCUGCAGCGAGGCAAGGAUCUGGCACGUGAUGUGAAUGCUCCUCAUUUUAUAAAGCCAGAAGUAAUUGGCUUAGAGUCCAGCUGGAAUGAAGCCUAUGCACAAACAGUUGAAAAACUGAAAAAACUGAAAGGAACACAGGCUGUGUGGAGUGGAUACAAGGAGCAGAAAGAUGAGAUUGUAAACCUUCUCGAGAAAGCUGAAGCAGAAUUGAAAAAGGUGGGAACCAGUGGCAUAGACAGCAAGCAGUUGGUGUCAGAGCUACAAGCCAAACAAGAACUAAGUGUUGCAUUACGUAAAGCCACUGAAGAAAUGUUACGCAGGCUACGUGAUCUUUGUUCCUCACUUGAAACCCUCACGGCACCGGAGAGGCGGCCACUGUUACAAAAAGAGGUCACAGAAAUUGAGAGGCGCCUCCAGGUAACCCUUGAGACAGUACAAGAGCGUGUUGUAGUAUUGGAACAGUUCCGAGCUCAGUGGACACAAUUCCAAUCACAGCUGGGUGAGCUGCGAUCUUGGACACAAGAAGCAGCACCUAAACAGCUGGAACAAUUGCAGGCAGCAGAUGUUGGCCCUGAGGAGCGACUCACCAGGGCUCAGGCCCUUCAAGGGCAGUUGAAUGAGAAGGCUGCUGCCCUUGAACUUCUUGCUACUGAAGCAUCACAACUACUGAAAGAUGAUGCAGAGAAUGUCGAAGCUGCAGUUCUGCAGAGUGAUGUGAAGCAACUGCAGAAUGCGGUAGCAGCAUUACAGAGGGCUGCAGAAGCUCAGUUGUCUGCCGUUGGCCGUGACCUUGUCAUCUGGAAAGAGUAUCGCAGUGGACUGCAAUCAAUCAAACCAUGGGUGGAGCAGGCUGAAGUCAAGGUCAACAUGGGCAUAGCGAAGCCAGCCACUAUUGAAGAAGCCAAGCAAAUGAGGCAGGAAGCAAAGGUAUUUGAAGUAGAGUGCGAGCAAAAAUUGAGUCAGUUGCAAGGUGUAGCAUCUCUGGGUCAGCAGUUGCCAGGUGGACGUGGCGCUGAUGAACUCGAUAGUGUUCGCUCUCGAUGGUCAGCUGUUCAUAAUGCUGUUGUUUCUUGGGGUGGCAAGAUGGACAAGGUGGUUGAAGCUUGGCAAGAACUUGAUGCCCGUGCAAAACCAAUCGAACAGUGGUUACAAAAGGCUGAGAAGGGAGUGCUUCACACUGAAGUUGACGUUGUAACACCAGAAGCUGACAGACUUGAAAAACAACUAGCAGAGCUGAAGGCUCUGAACAAGGAAAUCUCUGAGAAUCAAGCACAGUUGAUCGUUCUCACACAAAUGACUGAUAGUGUUGCACAAGGCCUUUCACUAGAAGGUGCCUCUGCCCUGAAAGGUCGUGUAGCAGAAAUGAAAGCAAAAAUCACAAUCCUGGGAGAUAAUGCAAGACAAAAAAUCAAUGUGUUAUCUGAUGUUAUACUUGCAAGACAAGAACUCCAGGGUAGGAUGUCAGACUUCAUGCACUGGAUAAAUGACUUGGAAGCUGGAGCAUCUCAGGUUGAGGAAGUCAGUCCUACCAAAAUAGAAUCCAGCCUGCAGACAGUCCAUGCUCUGCUCCAAGAACAUUCAGACAGACAACCUACAUUUAAUUCUCUAUAUUCUGAGGUCAAGAAGCUGCCAGAAAGUGAAGCAACAGCAGUGAGUGAGACAUACUCGCAACUUAGUACAAAAUAUCAGGAAUUGUCAGAACGUCUUCAGCAAAAGCGAGGCGUGCUUGAGCAGUGGUCAGAUUUGACAAGCUGGGCAAAUGAGGCAGGUGAGCAGCUCAGUCAUAUACAAUUCCAGCUAGAAAGUGAAGUAAGUAGUGGGAAAAAGCGUGGUUCAGCAGAGAAGAUCGAACAGCUAGCAACUGAACUUGAACCACUGCAUUCCAAAAUUAAAUACUGGGCACAACAAGCACAAGAACUGGACUUAAAAACUCAACAAAGUGGGACUAUAGUGCAAGGCCCAUCAGCAGAAAAGCAUGUUGCUGCACUAAGAGAGCAGCUGGAGCUCAUUGAGAGACAACUUGAAGAUGCUCGAAAUUCAAUGCGGCAGGUGGAGGAACGAUGGUUGCAGUUCCAGCGCAUGCAGCAAGAAGUAUCCCAGGCAUUGUUAGCAUCACAGGAAAAGAUACAGGAGGUGGCAUUAGCCUGCCAGACUCCAUCAAGACUAGCUGCAGCUGCACACACUUUUUCUGCGCUAUUGGAAGAGCACAGGUUGCGCCAGUCUGUUCGCCAGAAACUAGCAGAGCAGGGACGAGCCCUUAUGGAGGCAGACGUAUCAGGUGCUGCCACUGUGCAGAAUAUAUUGACUUCAGUUGACACAAACUUCGAGAAGGUAACUGAAAUGCUGAAGGAACAAAAAACACUAUUCACAGAAAUGGACAUUACAUGGAAGCACUUUGGUGAUGCAGCUGAAAAAGUGAAGAGUGGAAUUUCGGAGGCACAGGCACUAUGUGGAACAAUACAGGAGGCCCCUGCUGACGUUACCCAAGCAGCUCUCGUCCAUGAGAAGGCCAAGAAGGCACUGGACAUCCUUAAGAAAGCUAAGAUUUCUGUGGAUACAAUGGACAGUAAAGCACAGAUAUUAAUGAGGCAAGCAGAAAAUCUACCUGAAUUUGACACAACAGGGCUUCAAAAAGAACUGAGUGCUCUACAUUCUCAAUGGCAAGAAGCUUAUGAUGCUGCAAUGAAGAGAGUCCAGGAUCUGGAAACACAGUUGAUUAUUUGGAAACAGAUUGAAGACAGCAAGAAUGAAGUUCUACAUUGGCUUAGUGAAACAAGCGAAGCACUUUCCAGUGCAUGUGAAAAUCUGUCUGACAGUGAGAGUGGUCAAGCAAGACUAAAUCGCUACAAAGAUGAACUACCUACUUACUACAAUUUGAAAGGCAGCAUUGUUGCCAAGACAUCUCAGCUUGUGAAACUUAAUGAUGGGAAGCCAAUAUCUACACUUGAAUCACUAGUGAAACUGCUAGAAGAAGAAUUUUCUGAUGUGAAAAACAUUGCUGAUAAACUUGAAGACAUUGCUUGCAAAUUUUUAGAGCAAGAGAAGGAUGUUCGUGCGGAGAUUAAAAAGGCUAGUGAUAACAUUACAAGGAUCAGAGAAGCGAUUAUAAAAUGUGACGACCUCACAGGAGAAAACUCAAAGAUACUUGAAAGGCUCCAAAAAUGUCAGACUUUGAAGAAAGAACUGUCCACUUUUAGCAAAGAUCUUGAAAAACUUGAUAAUAAAAUUGAUGAAAUGAAAGUAAGCUAUCCUUCUUUUGCAGAUUCAAGUCUUCCUAAGGAAUUAAGUGGUUUGCAAAAAAGAUAUGAUGGUGUUUCUUCACACACUAACAAAAUAGAAACAACACUGCUGACAUUUUUAAAGAAGCACCAUACAGAACGUUUUGCAGCUCUGCAGCGUGUUGUGGCAACUCACCGGGAGAAGCUUGGAUGGUGUGCUCCUGAGGCUGGUAGUGAUCGCUAUAAUUUAGAAGUGAAAGCUGCCUCUCUUCGUGAUGUAGAAGCUGGUUUAAUUGACUGUGACAACAAGAAAGAAGAACUUGACCAAUCACUUCAGCUUUUGGAGAAGGUGGAAACACCACAGCGUAUUUCGGAGAUGAAAGAAGAAUGUCAGCAACUUGUUGAUGAUGUUAAUUCCCUUAAAGAGCACUAUUCAACUAUUAAGCAACUCCUUGAGUACAACAUUGAUCUUUGGCAGAAAUAUGAACUUAUGUCAGAAAAUGUAGCCUCUUGGCUCAGGGAAACUGAGGGCAAGGUGAGAAAUGAAACAGUGAAUCAGCUAAACCUGUCUACCAUUGUAGAUAAAAUUGCAGAGAUGAAAGCAUUCCAAAAGCAGGUUCAAACAUUUGAAUCAGAAAUUAGAAAUAUUACAGGUGUCGCAGAUGAAAUAACAAAAGAGAAUCCUGAGUCACGAGUGGGGCAGUAUGUCAGCCAUCUGACAGCAAGAUAUAAAGCUGUUCUUAAAUUUGCAAAUAAUUACAUUGAGCGUUUGGAGGCACUCAAUACCAAUAGAGAUCUAUAUCAGGCCUCUGUUAAAGAUGUGGAGAAGUGGUUGGGUGAUGCUGACAAAAAACUGAAAUCGUAUGAAGAAAUAUUUUCAGCUCCAGCAAAACCAAUGCAAGUAUACCAGGCAAAAUUAGAAGAGCUGAAAUCUUUUGCUGAAGAGAGAGAAAGGGGACAAGUCCUUCUGAAUAAGGCAGUGGAAACUGGAGAAGCAUUAUUCUCUGGGGUAACUCCUGAAAACAGAGAAAUAAUACGUACGGAACUGAGAGUGUUGAGAGAUGCUUCAGAGACAUUAAUUGAUAAAGCAAAUGAGAUACAAAAGCGUAUUGAAGGGAUCAUGAUGCACAGAUCAUCAUUUGAUGACAGUUACACACAAGUGUGCAAAUGGAUUAAGGAAUCUGAGGCAAAACUUGGCAGCAAACUAGAAUUAAAACCUACUCUUAAGGAAAAGAAGCUUGCUAUGCACAGUUACCGUUCCCUGGCCCCAGAUGUUGCAACACAUAAGACUAUUAUGAACCAACUCCAGGAAAAAAUUGUGAACCUAUCUGAUUCAGAAGCAACAGCUAAAUUCAAUGAUAUUCUUACCUCCUAUGAGAGAUUAGCAAAAACAUUGGAGGAUCGAAUUAGUGAUUCUGAGAAGCACGUUACUGAUCAUGAAAUAUAUCUGCAGAUGUUAGAAAAAUGUCGUGACUGGCUCAGCUCUUUGUCUGCCGAGGCUGCAGCUGUUUGUGAUGAUACGUCUGUAGAGAAGGAUGGUGCUGAUGCCAGGCUCGCCAUAAUUGAAGAUAUCCUUCAACAGAAACCUGAAGGUGACCAGCUGAUUGAUAGCUGUUAUAAACAAUUGCAGAUUGUUUUGAAAGGAACUGAUAUAUCUGGUCACCCAGCCUUGCUAAAGGAAUUCGAGGAACAGAAAACAGCCUGGGAAUCAUUCCUUGCUAAUUGCGUUAACUCACAGAAUAAACUACGUCAAUUGUGCUGUAAAUGGACAGAAUUCGAGGAAGUUGUAGAUGGUCUUACGAAUUGGAUAAAACAGAAAGAAUUGCAAGUGAAAGACCAAAGUCUUCGUAGUACCCAGGAAGCUAAGCAGGCACAUCUUGAUAAACUGAGAUCUCUUGAGGAGGAGAUAACAGCAAAGGGAGAUGAGUUCUCCAAUGCUAGUGAGCAGAGCCAGUCUAUAGAAGGGGAGUCAGAGCUUUCUGUAAAAGUAUCUCGACUUCUCACACGUUACCAAGCUCUGAAGAACGCCACAAAAGAAGCUGUGUCACGAUAUGAGCAAUUUGUAAAGGAACACAGAAGUUUUAACGACGAAUAUAAUGCUUUCUUGGAAUGGCUCUCUAAGGUUGAAGAUGAACUGAAGGAACUUAGUCAGAUUGUUGGUGAUCUGGCAGUAUUACAAGAUCGGCAAAAGAAAAUUAGGGAGCUCGCUGAUAUCAGAUCCAGGGAAAGCCCUAAAUUUGAUUCACUGCUGGACAGUGGUGAAAAACUUUAUGCACACACAUCACCUGACGGAAGGGAAAUUAUCCGACAACAGCUCAGGACACUGCGCACCUUAUGGGACAACUUUUCUGAUGAUCUACAGGCUGCCACUCACAAGUUGGACCAGUGUCUAAUGCAGUUUGCUGAGUUCAGUCUGUCUCAGGAACAACUGACAAAAUGGCUGAAAGAUGUGGAACGUGCCAUGAUGCAGCACACUGAACUGAAAGCUUCUCUGCAAGAGAAAAGAGCACAGCUGCAGAACCACAAGAUCAUGCACCAGGAAAUAAUGUCACAUCAGCAGUUGGUGGAAUCUGUUUGUGAGAAAGCCCAUCAGUUAGUUGAACAGACACAGGAUAAGUCUCUUAACAUAUAUCUUCAGUCCAUAAAGCAGCUCUUCCAAAAUAUUGUAAUAAAAUCACAGGACUUGCUGGAUAAUCUUGAGGAUUGUGCACAGAAACACAGUCAGCUCAGCACGUUGUGCAAGGAUUUCAGAGAUUGGAUAAGUUCCGAAAGAGAUAGCGUACAUAACUGUGAUGAUGUCAGUGGGGAAAAAUCUGACAUCAGCAAAAGACUGGCAGCGAUUAAGGAUCUUCGAGAAAAUCGAAAGAAGGGAGAACAUCAGCUAUCACAGAUUAGAGAUCUUUGUACAGAAGUAAGCAAGAGUACUGCACCAAAAGGAAUAACCAUCCUAGAAAAAGAAGUUUCAGAUUUGGAGUCCAGCCUGAAGCAGCAUCUUGAAAACAUAGAUGGCAUAGAAGUUAAAUUAGAUGCUGCUCUGAAACAAUGGCUUGAGUUUGAAGAGCAGCUUGAUAAGCAUACAAAGUGGUUCCGUACAACAGAGGCAAUAUUCAGAGACCAACAGCUGCAGGCAUCAUUGGCAGAGAAAGAGGAACAGCUGAAGAGUUACCGUGACAAACGUGACCUCAUCACUUCCAAGGAGCAUGAAAUUGAUGAAUUCGUUGAUCGAUCCCAUGGACUGCUCCACUGGAGUGGUGCCGACCGAAUUAAACCUUUGAUAUCACAAAUAAGUAACAGGUACCAGUUACUCCAUGUAUUAAGCAAAGAAGUAAUCAACCGGUGGCAGAGCCUGGUAGACGACCAUCGAGCUUAUGAAGAACGAUUGGCUGAAACGGAGGCAUGGCUUUCCCCUUUGGAAGAGCAGCUGGAGGCCAUGAAAGUUACACCUGGUGCACCAAGCAAGCUUGCUAUGCUCCUCACUGAAAAGGAACAAGCUGCUCACAAAUUAGGCAACCUGACAAGUGCCGGUGAGCGACUGUACCCAGACACAGCAGCUCCUGGACGAGAGCUGAUCCGUUCACAGCUGCGAGAAAUAAGAGAUAGAUGGGACAAACUUGAACAAGGAAUAGAACAGGAACAGAAGCGUCAGGAUGCACAAAGUCUCCAGAGAACCAGUUAUCAAGAAACACUGGCGCAGACACUAGCAUGGCUUGAUGCUAUGGAGCGUUCGUUGCAGCAGGACCCGGCUGCUACUUGGGGCUCCACCCAGGAGAUUAGAUCAAAACUGCUUAAACAUAAGACAACCCUGCAGGAAGUGAUAACUCAUAAACGUGUCAUUGAAGCAGUGACAGAGAAAGCACAAGCUGUUGUACAGCUAACUGGAGGAGAUGAUGAGGAGGUAAAGAAAGCUGUAGAAGACAUCAGCAAUCGAUACGAAAGGCUGGUGAACGGGUUGCUGGUGAUGAUAACGCAGCUUGAGGAAAGCUUGGAUGUGUUUCAGCAAUUUAAUGAUCUACAAAAGAACUACCAUGAUUAUCAGAAAGCUUUGUGGGAUCGUCUUGCUGGUUAUUCAGAUUAUAGUGGAAAUAAACCAACAAUACAGUCCAGGCUGUCAAAAGUCAGAGAAAUACAGGAUUGCCUGAAAAUGGAAGGUGAUAUUAAAAUGAAGGCUCUUACUGACCAUGUUUCCAACAAAACUGAUAAAUUACCUCCUAGAGCCAAAGAAGCCAUGGAAAGAGACUUAAAUAAUCUUAAGUUUGAUCGUGAGAAGUUUGAAGUAGCCUUGAAUGAUGUGAUACAUGGACUAGAAGAACGACUGCAGCAAUGGUCUGAAUAUGAAGGCUCCUUUGACAAGCUGUUACAGUGGCUCUCAGAAGCGGAAACAGCACUCAAGAACUAUUCACCUCGCUCUACACUUGAGGAAAAACAAGAUCAGCUUGAAAAAUAUCAGGAUCUCAUAAAAAUAAUUGAUUCGAGAAAUAGAGAUGUGAAGGAAAUGAUAACUCUAGCUGACCAUCUAGAGCAAUCACUGAUCCUGAGUCUUCGUCAAAAUGAAUCAGAAUUUGAUAAAAUGAAUGAUGAGUCUUCAGAGCUCAUGCAGAUCAGUGGUGAAACCAGAAUAUCAGUAAAUGUACAGCAAAUCACAUCAAGAUUCCAGGCCAUUCAGACAACUGCUAAGGAAAUAGUGAAAAAAUGUGAGCAAGCUGUGGCUGACCACACAGCAUAUGCAGAAAAGUAUCGCCAGUGUUCAGACUGGCUAUCAACUGCGCAGUCACAGUUUGAAGCUUCCGGAGGAUCAAAGAUAGCAACAGGUGAUCGAGAUGAACUCACAAAGCACAGCACGAAACUAAAUGAGCUGCUUGUUGAACAGCCUGCAGCAAUGGCUCUGCUUUCAACAACAGUUGAAUAUGGAGAAAAACUGUAUCCAUCAACAGCUGCUGAUGGCCGUGAAACCAUUCGUCAGCAGUUACAAGAAUUACAGCAGGCUCUUGAAACACUGUAUGAUAGCAUUUCCAGCACUGAACGAGAACUUCAAGCUAAACUCUCUCGGUGGAUGAGUUUUGAAGAGUGUAGUGAAAGACUUAAGAAAUGGCUCGCAGAGGCAGAGUCUCAACUUCCUGCAGAACCUGUGUUGUUUGCCACUCUUGAUGAGAAGCGUGCUCAACUACAAGUUUAUCGUUCACUGCUGCAUGAUGCAGUUGCACACCAACAAGACAUCCUCAGCCUCCGAGACAAGACAGAAGGACUGCCAGGUCGUGGAGGGGGAAGUGCUGCAGAGCGUGAGCUCCAGCAGCUAGUAGACCGUCACACUGCCCUGUUGCGCCGUGCACAAGCUUUUGUUGAAAGCUAUGAGGCAAUUGUUGGUGACCAUCAACAAUAUACUAAGGCUGUCAUGGAUGCGCAGGAGUGGCUUGAUGCUACACACAAUACGGUUAUGCUAUGGGGAGAUACAGACCUUGAACGUGUUUCAUUGCACACCAAUUUGGAAAGGUUGAAAAAUCUGCAGCUCAACUUACCUGAAGAAGAACAACGUAUUGAAUUAAUUCGUUCCUUGGGUGAGAAAGUUAUACCUGGGACAGUGGAAUCAGGUCAGGUCAAUAUCAGAAAUCAGAUAGAUUCUUCCCAACAGGAAUGGCAAGGACUGUUAUCCUCUGUCAAGAGUACAAUUGAAGCACUUGACAGCAAACUACAGCAGUGGAAUGAAUAUGAAUCUCUCAAAGAUCAGUGCAUGGCAUGGAUUAGAGAGACUGAUACAAAGCUUCAUGCCAUUGAUCUAAAAGCAACAUCCCAAGAAAAGAAAGAACAACUUGAAAAUCUCAAGGCCCUACAAGGUGAAGUUCGAGCGAAAGAACUGGAGAUUGAUGCUGUUACAGAAAGAGCUCAACAACUUUAUAAAGGCAGUAUGAGUUCAAGGAGUUCACAGAUAUCUGAAUUGGGGCUGAAGUAUCAGCAAGUUUCACACAAAGUUAAGGAUCUCACAAAUCGAUGGCACCAGUAUGUGACCACUCAUCAAGAAUUUGAGACACACGUUGCGGAGUGCACUCAGUGGCUUGAAGAUAUAAAGAACAAAUUGUCAUACUGUUCGGAUCUCAGUGCAUCCUCUCAGCAGGAUCUUGAGGGGAAAUUGGAGACUAUACAGGACCUUCUGAUGUACAAGGAAGAAGGCUUUGCCAAGGUUCAGAGCCUUGUGGAACUAGCUCAGACUGUACUCGCUAACACUGCUCCUUCAGGACAUGAUGCCAUAAAUCAGGCUUUGGGCAAUUUGCAAGAAGAAUGGAGUGUUUUAGCAUCAAAGAUGAUGGAAACAAAAGCCAUACUGGAUGACAGUAUUCAUCGGUGGGCAGGCUUUUUGGAACAGAUACAGCAGUUGAACAAAACAGUUGAUUACUUGGAAAGUGUAUCAAAUGAACUGUCAGAUUUCCAGUCAACAAUGUCCGAGAAGAGAGCCCAGUUAGAGCGCAUAAAGUGUCUGGAUGAGAAGGUACGUUGUGAGAAAAUUGAAACCGAUAGUUUGAAAGCAAAGGCUGCAGAGAUGCUAGCAAGUGGCCAACAAAGCCAUGCUGCUACACAAGCACAGCAGAUUUUGAAUAAAUUUGAUUCACUAGCUGAGAGGAUAAAGAACUUGCUCACUGAACGGGAAGAUCAGUAUAAGGAUCAUCGACUGUAUAAGGAGGCUCAUGAUGACCUGAUGGGCUGGCUGGGAAGAGCUCGUGAGAAAGUGCCAUCACUGAAACAGAGACCUCUCAGUGACAAACUUGCAAUAGAAAAUGCUGUUGCUCCAUUGGAAGCUCUGUUGAAUAAACAGGCACAGGGUGAAUUACUUGUAGAGCAUCUGACACACACAGCUGAGGUUGCUGCUGCAAGUACUGCUCCUCAAGGGCAAGAAAUAAUCAAGAAUGAGGUCCGUGCUCUACGAGAGUCAUUUGAGGGAUUGUUCAAAGAUAUUAAGCAUCAGAAGGAGCAGUUGGAAGCAACUGUAGUACAGUGGCGUGAUUAUAAGGAGGAAUAUGAACGCCUUUCUGAUUGGCUUCAGCAGAUUGAUAUUCUUAUCAAGGCUCAGAAAACAGCAAUGUUAGCAACACUGCCAGAGAAAGAGAAACAAGUGAAGGAAGUUAAAGAUAUCCUUGAAAAACUUGAGAAAGGACGUGAACAGAUUGAACGUUUCAACAGUACAGCUUCUGCUCUUCUACAGUCACAUCUAGAUACUUAUGUCAACAAUCAGCUGCGACACUUGAACUCUAGAUAUGAGGUACAAGUGAAUCUUGCUAAAGAUGUUCUCAAGAAGGUGGAAACAAAUUUUGCACAACAUCAACAGUAUGUUGACAAUUUAGAGAAGGCAAAAGCUUGGAUUGAAAAUGCUAAACAGAUAAUUCGUGACAAUAGUGGAUCUUCCGAUACCACAACCCGUGAAGUAAUACAGGCUCGCUUGGAGAAGAUACAGGAACUACUGCAUCGCCAGGAAGAAGGCCAGGCUCUUGUUCAUGCCACAGUAAACUGUGGAGAAAAAGUACUUCGCAAUACACGAUCUGAUGGCCGAGAUACUAUCAAUGCACAACUUCGUGAUCUGCAAGCAGAGUGGGAUCGUCUUGUGCGCAAAACGUCCACAGCUAAAGUGCAUCUCGAGACAAAUCUGUUACAGUGGGCAGAUUACAGUUCAUCAUAUUCACAACUUCAACAAUGGAUUAGUGAUCGUGAAGCUAAACUACUGCAAGUAUGUGAACAGAAGGUGUCAAAAGCCAAAAAGGGCCAGGCUCCAGGCCUCAGCUCUUUAAGUCUUGGUGAACGCAAAGCUACACUAAGAAAGACAAACAGUAUAGUCCAAGAUAUUGUGUCAUUUGAACCUAUGAUACAAUCAGUUACAUUGAAAGCAGAAGAUCUACAGCAGGCUCAACCAGCAUCGGAAAUAUCAAGCAAAUAUGAGACUCUCACAAAACAAGCGAAAGAACUAUAUGCUCGUCAGAAAGAAACUGUUGAGCAACACCAGGCAUUCAUUGAUGCAGGAAAUGACUUCAUGCAGUGGAUAAGGGCUGCUAGAGAGAAACUCAGCAAGUGCUCAGAGCCUACCGGUGACAAGGAGUCACUUAGUGGAAAGAUAUCACAGCUGAAGAUUCUCGAAAGCGAAAUGGAGGAAGGCCAACAGAAAUUGGAGAAAGCUCUGGAACAAGGAAAUGCUGCCUGUGAAGGAGCUGAUUCUGAAGACAAAGAAGUUAUUGAGGAAGAAGUAGCACUCCUACAGGAGGAAUUUGACACAUAUGUGGAGUCUCUCAAUCAAGUUAAAGGCCUCCUUGAAGUGGGAAUCGUCAAGUGGACAGAGUAUGAGGACCAGUAUCAGGAAGCAUCUGACUGGCUGACACAGACUGAACAGUUAGUUCAGACAUUUAAUAAAUUACAGGAUAGCCUUGAAGAAAAGAAAAAUGUCCUUGAACAGUUCCAGGUCCAUCUUCAGACCCUAUUUGAUUGGCAAAAGGAACUGGAUCGACUGAACAUGAAGGCCCAGAUGCUGUUGGAAACAUGUGCAGACACAAGAAUAAGCAAUGCUGUUACCCAGAUGACAACAAAGUAUAAUGCUUUAUUAUCACUGGCAAAAGAAAUCAUGCGAAGACUUGAGCUGCAUUAUCAGGAGCAUCAGCAGCAUAAUACAUUAUAUCAGGAAUGCCAAGACUGGUUGGAUCGAACACGAGAUCGUCUUAAUGAGUGUCAAGAAAUACCCAGCACACUCAAUGAAGUCAACAACAAGCUUCAGACAGUCAAAGGCAUUAGACAAUCACUUGAGCAGGGCCAUAAUAAGCUCAGGUAUGUCCUUGAACUAAAAGAAAAGGUGAUUUUGAAUACCGAGCAAAACGGGGCAGCUAAGAUCCAGGAAGAUACAGAAAAUAUUAAACAAGAGUUUGAGAAGCUCAUGUCAGAUGUGCAAGAAGUUAGGCAGGUGCUCACAGCAAGAGCUGCUCAUUUAGAAGAAAUACAGAAGGCUCAUAAACUUCUGAAGGAAUGGUUGGAUGAAAUAGAGCAGAAACUGCAACCUGAAGGUUUCCGAAAUGAGCUGAGUGAAAAACGUGCUGCAUUGGAGAAGCUCCGCAGUUUACAGCGUGAGAUAAUCAGUCACGGUGAUGUGGCAGAACGCAUUCAAAGUAGAGUAAAUGAACAACCCUCUUUGCCUGCUGCUGAUGUUCGUAGUAGCCUUGAGAAAUAUAAGCAGCUGCAAGCAACCGCCUCAAAAGCCAUUUCAACACUUGAAGAGCAGGUGAAAGAGCAUGAAAAUUACAAGCAAGUAUAUGGGGAUGCAUUUGACUGGCUUCGAAGAACUAGGAUUGAUGUCCAGCAGUGUAGCGAUUCCCAUGGUGAAAAAGAACAAACAUUGGAAAAAGAAAGAAAAUUAGAAGCACUCAUAGCAUCAUUGCCAACAGGUGAGAAACUUGUUGAGCGUGCCACUGUCUUGAGCACAUCUGUCGCACAAACAACUGGCCCUGAAGGCCAAGAUACUCUACGCCAGGAAACACAGCAGCUGAAGAGUGACUGGGACAGCCUGCAGAUUUUAUGUAAGGACACACAAAAGAUACUACAGCGGUGCAUCAAUGCCUGGAAUGAAUUUGCAGACACUUCAAGUCGCAUGCAGUCAUGGCUGGAGGCUUUCCGGUCCAGAGUUAAUGCAGAGUUGGAAGGCGACAAGAAAACUCCUGAUGAUCUUCAGAGAUGCAGAGCAUUGUUGCAAGAGGCUAUCCAACAGAAAACUGUAAUGGAGGAACUUAAUGACAGAUGUGAAGUAUUGAUGGAGAUGAGUGCUUGCAACUGGGUUCGUGAUCAGACAGUUCAACACCAGAGCAGUUAUACUAAUCUGCUGACUACAAUUCAGGGAUUAGUGUCUAAAGUUGAAAAGAAUUUAUCAGAUCACACAGAAUUCAUCAAAGCUAAAGAAGAAUUUGAAUCAUGGUUAAAAACUGCUCAUGGGACAGUGCAAGAUUGCAUAGGAGUUGGAGACGAGGCUGCAAUGCGGGAUAAACUGGAAACAAUACGUCUUGUGUCAAACCGUAUGACGGAAGGUCAACAUCUGAUGUCAGUGAUGCAAGAAGUUUUUACAAAAGCUAUAAAUACGACACCUGUUGAACAACAAUCAUCACUUCGGGAUGAUAUGGCUGCCUUGCGAAGCCACUGGGAUCAACUCACAAUUGAUCUUAACUCUGUCAUGGCACAGCUCAAGGCUGCAGUCGUUCGUUGGGAAGAUUACAAUGAAGCUAAAUCACGAUUUGAACAUUGGAUCUCAGAAGUAGAAGAAACACUGAAAAAUGUGCCUGAAACUAAGGCUGAACUGGGGGAGAUGAAAACUCUGAUUGAGAGAUACAAGCACCUGCAAGAGGAAGUGAAUGCCAAACAUGCAGACUUAGAGCACCUGGUCUCAGAAGGAGCUGAGCUCUCAGCGUGGGCUGGGCGGCCUGCAGUUCUGGAAGAGGUUCAGCGUCUUCAGAUACGAUGGGAUCAGUUGGCAAGCAAAUGCCUCUCUUGCAGGCAGACUGUGGAACUCGAAAUGCAGGAAUAUUCUGCAUACCACCAGUCACUGCAAGACACAGAGAAAUGGUUACUGCAGAUCUCCUUCCAGUUGAUGGCACACAAUUCUCUGUAUAUUACAAACCGUGAACAGACACAGGAACAAAUAUCUCAGCAUGAGGCACUACUGGCAGAUAUUCAAAAAUAUCAAAAUACUCUGGAUGAUGUCAAGGCGAAAGGAAGAAGUCAGAUAGAACGAUACAUUGGUUCUACACCUGGUAUAGAAGAAACAAUUGAAAAGCAACUUCACAAUGUUCAGGACAGUUACAAUUCUCUACUUAGAACUGCUAUACAAAUUAAGAAUCGACUUUUGGAAUCUCUAGCUAAGUUCCAAGAAUAUGAAGACACACUGGAAAGUAUAAUGCACAAUCUAGAUGGAUAUGAACCGGUAAUAGCAAAGAGUUUGGAGGCACCAGUAGAAAGCCUUAAAGAUGCUCAGCAACAGCUGGAAGAAACGAGGAGCAUGCACAACACACUGCAGGCUGAGAAAGCAAGAUUAGCAGUGGCUGUUCAAGCCUGUGAGGCAGCUGCUGCGUGCAUAUCACGUCCAAGCAGUCCUCAGGACACUGUGCCUCCACCGAUCCCUGACCGUGAGCUGAUAGUCAGAGCACGACUUGAGGACCUUAUUGAUCAGCAACGGCAACCUGGGAAGAAGAAUCUUGAUGAGAAGAGUGAGAAGUUGAGACUUUUACUAGAAAACCUGCAGUCACAUGAAUAUGUUACCAAGAUGGACAGCAUAUGUGAACAGGUGCAGAAUCGACUCUCUGUGCUGACAGCAGCUGUUGGGGAACUAGAGGAACAGCAACGACAGCGAGCGGAGCUUGCUCAGUGGACAAGUGCCAAAGCGACUCAAGUGGCUGAGUGGAAAUCACGCCCAGCAAAACUGAGACCAGAGGCAGCACGUGCUGAGUACCAGUCUAUGGUGGAGCUACAGAAUGCCAUUGCAGAAAGAAGUAACAUUCAGCCACAAGAUGAAGAAAGUGCUGCCCUCAGUGCACAGCUAAAGAACCUCAAUCAAGAGCUGGCAGAUGUCAUGAAGAAAAAACAAGAUUGUCAGAGGGUGAUUGAAAAUUUCCGAACAAAAGUUCAAGAGAUGCACAGUUGGUUUGAUGACUUUGGCAAACGAAUGGAGGUACUGGACAAAGGAAGUGGACUGGAUUGUGGGCGUAAACUAGAAACAAUUUCUGAGAUACAAGCUGAAUUUGAAGAGCAGGGUCCAGAAAAACUUAAUGAAAUCAGGAAACAAGCAUCAAUUGUGAUUGAUGUUGUUAGCAAUCUUGACUCCCAACAAGUGGAAGAACAGCUGAAAUCAGUGGAGCGUCGAUAUAAUGAUGUGGCAAAGCGUAUUCAGCGAAAAGCUCAGGUAUUAGAGAUGGCUUGUAAGGGCUUGGAAGGAGCUCGCCAAGAAAUAAAAGAAGCCCAGGAAUGGAUGCGUGAGAGAAUGAAAGAUGUUAAAUCUCCAUCACCACUGGGUUUUGAAAGCCGUGCAGCCGAAGAUCGGCUUCAGUCUACCAAGGCACUAUUGAAAGAAGUAGAUGGAAAAAAUGUCCUGCUGGAAACCUUAGAAAAGCGUGUUUCUGGAGUAUGCUCAGAGCUGGAAGCUGCUGAGCAAACAUCAUUAGAAAAUGCUAUGCGUUCACUGACUGCAGAUCAUGCAGAUUUAUCAAAUGCAUUACGAGCUGAAAUAAGCAGGAUAACACAAGCUGCUGAUGUUCGACGGAAAUUUGAGGAAGUACUCGAAUCAGCACAAGUCUGGCUGAAGUCUAUUGUUGGUCGCCGUCCUCCUGCAUACCUCCCAUUACGGGCUGCUGCAGUUGAAGCUGAACUUGCACAGCAUAAGGCUCUUGAAAAUGAAAUAAAAGAGUUUUCAGAAAACACACUAACUGAUGUGCAGAGACAGGCUAACAGUCUAAUGAAAGAAUGUGGGGAAAGUGAUAAGAAGAAGUUACAAUCAGUAAUGGAAGCUUUGGUGUCUGAUUUUGAGGCUAUAAAAUCCCAGUCUGCCAAACGCUUGGCAUCUCUGUUAGAACUUUUGCAAUCUCGUCGCCAAUUUGAAGCGGCUAUAGAAGCUGUGGAACACUGGCUACAGGAAGCGGAUGUUGCAACUUCUGCGGAAAUUAGAGCUAGCAGCAUGCCACUGCUUGAAGAGCAACUUGCGAAGUAUGAUCGUCUGAACCAAGAAGCACAGAAAAUGAGAGAAGACAUUGAAAAACUAAUUGAGCAAGGAAAAGCAAUUCUUCCUACUGUUAGUGAUGCAGACAAGCUCACUCUAUCUGAACAGUUGAACAAUAUAAAAGACAAACACGCUCGAAUAUUUGGUCUUAUUGCUGAUCGUUCAGAUGCACUCAAGGCCCAGCUGGAGCAGUACAAGGAGGCAGCAGCCAAAUUGGCAGAGAGUGUUAAUUUUAUGACACAAAUCCAGCAAGACCUAAAAGAAUUAAACAGACCCGUUGGUAGCAAAGUUGAAGAUGUUAAGAGUAUGCUGGCUUCUUAUGAAGAUAUAUUGGCAGAAGUAAAAGCCAAUAAACAAAAGCUUGGUGAUCUACAACUGGGCAGUAUGGGUGACCUGCAAGGAAUUUCCCAGCAACAGGAUGAUCUCAUUGCAGCCAUAGAAUCACAGAUUGCACGUCUGAGACAACUAUUAUUGUUACGUGAACAGUUCAUUGCUUUAAUAACAGAAAUAAUGACCUUCAUAACAAAGUAUACUGAAGUUGUGCGUGAUAUAGAGAAGGGUGGAGACACUGUACAAGAGAAGAUCAAAAAAUAUGAUGAUGUGAUAGUCAAGAUCCAGGAGUGUGAAGCAAUGCUAGCAUCAGCUACAGACAAGGGUCAGCAGAUUGCUGCUGAGGGGACUGCAGCUGACCGGAAUGCAGUGACAGAACAGUUGCAGUCUCUGAAGCAGCAGCUGACAGCCUUAAGACGAGCUGUAGAAAAGCAGCGGGAGGCUCACGAGGCAGCAGCAGCUGAACACCGUAAACUAGCAACCGAGCUGGAAGAGAUUCUUGAUUGGUUACACUCUCAUGAGGCAGAGGUGCGUUCUCGCCCCCUGCUGGAACGAUCUGUUGAGAGUGUGGAUGCCCGUAUUGCUGAGCACAAGGCCCUCGCUACCGAGGUUAACAAGUAUCUGGAUAGAGUGCGAGCUUUGCAGCAGAGCUUACGUCAUGAUGAUGGAAUGCCAUCUUCACUAGUAGAGCAGCUGUCCGAAGCUAGCUCACUGCUGAAUACACUGCCAGCAGAAAUAGAAGACCGUGGACGAUACCUUGACACAAAUAGACAGCUACGAGCAGAUUAUGCAGCCCUUAGGGGCAAGCUGGAAGCUUGGGUGCGAGAUGCUGAAGUCAGGCUUGGGCCUCCAAAUCGUGGAAUUGAUUUUGAAAAUGUGGUACGAGAUCUUGAGGAACAUCGUGCUUUCUUCAGUGGUUCUGGUGAAGCUGCAGUGCGAGAACUAGUGUCCCAAAAUCUUCAGCAGGCUGCUGAUCGUAUCUGGCCAUCACUUACUGGUUCAGAGCAGGAGGAGAUAGGAAGAGAGCAGCAGCAGCACCUACAACUCCUCAAGAACACCUUAAAUUCAGCCCGAUCUCGUAGUGCAAGACUGGAACAAGGUGUGGAAGUCUGGAGAGACUACUGCACUGCCCUCGACAAGGUUCGAGCUGCACUUUCAAGGGCUGAGUUCUCUGAUGAACCUGUUACUACACUAGCUGGCCUUCAGUUCAACAUACAGAAGUUGGAACAUGCUCUCUCUGAUGCAAGGACUCAACAAUCAGAAAUUGACCUUCUCAAUGAACGAGCAGCAGAAAUUGAACAGCAAGCAGACAAUGCAAGUAAAGAACGCAUAGAGAAGGAAGUUGCAGAGUUCAAUUCAAAAUGGUCUGCACUCAUUGCUGGUCUUGAGAACAGGCAAGACACGCUCAUCAAACUUGGUCAGCAUUGGGAGGAAUUUGAAGCUAAAUGGCAGGCAUUUGAGUCUUUACUCAAUGCCAAUGAAGAAAAGGCUCGACACAUUGAUACAACUGUCAGAUCUAAAUCUCAGAUAGUUGACACUAAACAAACAAUUGAAGAUUUACUGAGAGAAGUGGAAGGACAGAAAAGUUUGCAUGGAGAAGUUCUUUUCCUAUCAGGAACUGUACUAACAUAUUUAAAUGCAUUUUCUGAAGCAUCAGCCUCUGCUCUUAAAGCUAAGCUUGACAAGAUGACUGAUGGGUACAAAAGGCUCAUUGAACAGCUGAGGAGCAAAUUAAACAAAGCUACUUCUGAACUUGCACACAUUGAUCAUAUCCAGUUGGAAAUCUGCAGAAUUAAGAAAGAAUUAGAAAAUUUGCAGACAAGAAUUGACGUAUUUUAUGUUUUUGGAGACAACGAGGAAGAAACUGAAACUGCAGUUGAGAAUCUGAAAUCAGAAGUCAGUUCAUUAGUCUCAUCUGCAAAGGAUUUCAUUUCGGACACGAGGGACAAAUACACUGAAUCGCAAAACCUAGUGCCUGCUGACAUUGCUCAAGAGUUGUCAUCUGUAGAACUUGCGUCAGAGAGUGUAUCUAACAAAAUGGAUGAGAAAAGUCGAGAAUUCAAACGAGCUCGCACCCUGCGACAUGAUUAUGCUAAUGAUGUUGGGGAGGUUCAAGCCUGGAUACAGAAUGCAGAGCUGAAAGUUCAAGAUCGUUCAGUGGAGCCUCUGCAGCUCAAAGAAUAUCUUUCACAAAUUCAACUAGAGAUUGGUGGUACUAGUGAUAAAUUAGAGAGACUGACAAAGAAUGGGAAUAUAAUCUGUGAAAAAACAAAGACAGAGGAUGAGAGAACAGUUAUCCAAGGAACUAUCAAUACAUUGACAGACCAGUUUCAGCAGCUGAAAGCGUGGUUAGAUGAAAAGAAGGGACAGGUCAGUGAAGCUCUGGAUGCAUGGCAGCGAUUCAUGACAUUAUAUCAGACUGUGAAAACGUGGGUUGAUGAGAAGCAAACAUUCCUUGUAGAACCACUGCAACUAAGCAGUCUUACUCAGGCACGGCAGAGACUUCAUGAUUACUCUACUGCUGUGAAGAGUUGUAAACAAGUAAGCAAGCAUUUAACUGACAUGCGAAAAGAACUAGAGAGUAUUAGCAAAGUAACAAGUGCUGGUGAUUUACCUGAGAAGCUUGAAGAAGCUGAGGAAGCCAAGAAUGAAGUGGAAUCGCAGUUAAUGGAAAGAAAUGCCUUACUGCAAGAGACCAGUGAGGAGUGGGAACAAUGUGAGAAAAAGAUGAAGGAUAUACGUGCUUGGAUUGAGAAAUCAAAACAAUCACUUGAGUCACCACAGCAUAAAAAGCGACCACUGAAAGAUCAGCUCAAUGCACGGGAGAAGAUAAUGGCCGAGAUUUCCAUCCAGAAAACUAAACUCUCUGUAUCUGUUGAAAAGCUACAGGUACAUUUUCGAUCUGGUGUUGGUGGCGAUUCAAAAGUAUCAGAAGCAGCACAGGAGAUCAUUGGCGAGUUGGAUCAGCUAUUGACAGUUGUGAAAGAACAGGCCGAUGGGCUUGAAACUAGUCUCGGCCAGUUGGAUCGAUAUCAACAGGAGAUACAGCAGCUUCGCCAACAGGUGGUGCAGAUGGAGCAGCAACUCCGCACUGUGAUGGCUCCUAAUUAUUCUCCUCAUGAUAGAGACAAGGCAUUGGAAGAGCAAACUGGCCUUCAACGAGAUAUGGGCGCUUUGAGGACCCGUAUUCAAGUGUUGAUGGACCACAUGCACCAUAUUGAUCCAUAUGUGGUCAUAGUUCCUGAAAAAAUGGACAGCACCGGUGAAGGCACCGAAUAUGACAAAACUGGUGUGCGUCAGAGGGUACCGGCAUAUGCUCUUCCUGUAACAUAUGCCGAUAUUGCUGCAGGUCGCACAAGCCCUUGUCCAUUUGCAGAACAAGUAGACAACAGGAAUGAAAAACCAAUGAGAGUAUCUGUCAUAAAAACAGUUACACAAAAGACACUGACCAAGGAAGUGGAAUCAAGUUCCAAUCUAGCUGAAGAACCAAAAGUGGAAGAGCUUGUGCAAGAAAUGUCACAAAUUCCUCAAAAAAUUAUUAAAGAGCAACAUGAAGAACCAAUCAUUAAUAGCCAGAAUAAUGAAGUCAGUCACAUAAGAGACACAGACACUAUCUCAGAUAUUGAAGUUGCAGAAUGUCCUAAAAACUUAACAGAAAGCAUUGAACCUGAAACUGAAAAACCAGUUACAGAACGGAGAGGCAGAUCUCCAAGGCGUAGAGACAUCACUUGCAAAAUUUCAAAUGUUGCUGAGAUUGUCUUGUCUCCGAACCGUCAGGUGCAUGAAACAGAAGCUGCAGUAACACUUAAACAAGGGAAGUCCGAAAAUCCACAGAUCUUACAUCAGACUCCUAGGAAACAGCAACAGAUAAUUCCAAAAGAAUCUUUAAAACCUGAUCAGAGGCGUGGCCGAUCCCCGAGUCCAAUGUGGAAUCCAGGAUCGACUUCGUAUGCUGAUAUACUUCGCGGGCGACAUGACUGGGGUGUUGAAAGCUAUCAUACACCACAAGACACAGCAGAAUUUCUGCAGCAAGAGGUGCUUGCCCAAGCUGCACAUGUUGAGGCUGUGCCUAUAGUUGAGACAGUUCCAGUGGUUGAGGCAGUACCAGUUGAACCUGUGUCAGCAGUAUUUGAUUACAUUCAGCAGCCACCUGAUCUAGUAGGAUUUAUAGCAUCAGGUCAGCAGCUUCUUAAUUCUGGUCUUGGGACAUAUCAUGCAACUGCUGAGCAGUAUAUUGUGCCCGAGACUUCUUUGGAAAAGCCAGCAGAAGAUUUUGAGACCGUCAUAGUUGAACAGCCAGUUUAUGAGCAAGAAGUGGACCAGCCAGUGUCUUUUAGUGGUAAACAGUCAUACGACUCUGAAGAAUUUGAAAUGAUCGAACAGCCUGAUCAGUUGGAAGAUAAUGUUACUGUUUUGUCCCAUGCACCUGCCAUUCCUGCAGAAGCAGGUGAACUAGCAGCAGAAAAUGAUAACACCUAUUAUGAAAUAUCAGCUGCAGGUAAUGAUACCACCACUGUUGUUACACAUAAAGCGGAAGAGGAACUUCAGAGAACUGAAAACAUAGGAAGUCCUGUUGAUAUUGACCGGUGCCAUAUGUCUUAUGCACAAAUUGUAGCACAAGGACUGUGCACUAAAUCUCUCCAGCCAUCCAGCCAGACAGUGCCGGUGUAUAAAAGCAGACGAAACGAUCGAUCACUUUCUCCUCGACAUAUGUCACCUGCAGGUUGUUAUUCAAGAGAGUGGUCUGCCUCUCCUUCCCGUGAGCGUUUUAAUACGGGGAGGGCUGAGUCAGCUAGAUCUCAUCCGCCUGCACGAAGUGGCUCUGUACCAACAAGUGACACAUCUCUAAGGAGUGUGAACAGUCAAAGUAACCAAGGAAAGAAAGGAGUUUUUGCUGAUGCAAAAACUAAUGCUUCUCUCCAGCCAAAUGUUCCAGCUGAAUGUAAAAAAUCAGGGAGAAACAAACAGAAGAAAAAGAAAAUCACUGGUGAUAUACAGAUGGAUAAUAUUCCUGUACAACAGUCUUUUUUCUUCCCAGAAGUUGAAGACAUUGAUACCUCAACUAAUGGAGAGCAAAAGAUGGAUAUAACUAGCUUAGAAGAUCAAGCUGUGGGUAUCAUGACUUCAACUGAACGGAAAGAUGUAAAUACUAAGAAAAGUAAUAUGAGAAAUACCAAAUCAAAUGCACACAGUCCUCAGACUCCCCUGAUAGCAGAAGAGAUUCUCAGUAACAAAGAAAACCAGGCUCAAAAUGAUUCAAAAAUUAUUGGAACAGAAGAGACGCACAAACAUCAAGGAGAUGUGGUGCCUUCUGAACAAGAUAAAAAGAAGAAACAGAAGAAGAAGAAACCAGAGAAGCUACAAAAUGAUGAUGAAAUAGAAAAAGCAUUGAAGGAAAUUGCUGAAAUGGAACAUUUACAUAUCAAACACAAAGGGAAGAAAGAAUUGCUCCCAGAAACAAAACCUGAGAAAGAAGAAAAGAAAAAUGUCAAGAAAAGUAAAUCAGUAAAUAAUAAUGAGGGUUCUGAGACUGAUCCAAAACAAGGGUCAGAUGGUGGAAUAGCACUGUCAGAAGAUGCAAAUAUCACUCAGGAAUCCAAAACUAAGAAAAAGCCUCAAAACAAGACAGAGGCUGUGAAUUACGAAAAUCAGGAUACACCAAGAUCCAAGCGUAGACGUGGAAAGAAGCAAGUUGAUAAUGGAAGCAAGACAGAAUUAGCUUCAGUUUCCCAUUUGGAUAUGGUUGAAGGUGUCGUGGAAAUCACACAAACAGAUGGCAAAAUAAAUAUUUGUCAUGCCACUGCUUCUAUUCCAUUUGAAGUAGCACAAGAGUCAGAUGAAGUAGUGGUGACACUUUCUGAUCCAAAUAGUAAGAGUGAUCAAAAUGUAGACACACAGAGCAAUACUGCUUCACAAACUAAAACAGCCAGUAGCAGGAGGAGAAAAGGUGGUUCUAAGACUGUGAGUGAAAGCAGUAUUCCAGUUUUAGAGCCUAAUACUCAGAGUACUUCCUCAGCACCCAUCUCACUGGAAGCCGAUGGAAAUAUUCCCUUGAAUGAUCAAGCCGUUAAAGAAAUACAAGAUGCUAUUAGAGAAACAGAUGAUCCAUGUAUUGAUUUUGAAGAGAACAAGGCUGAUCAAUUCCCUAGAAACACACUUCACAACUUGUCCACAAAAAUUACUAAACACCCAACAGAGAUGGAAAAUAAAAUUGUUUCUGAUGCUACAGAUUCUCUACAAAACUGUGAAGAAAAAUUGUUGGCUUCCAAAGCAACAGAAGCUAGCAGUGAAACUACUCCACCUAGUACAGAAAAGUUGGAACUAGAUCACUCUAAAAAGAAUACCAGAAAGUCAAAGAAAGCUAAACAUUUAAAUAAUAAGGAUUUAAAUAGUCACGUAAAUAAACCUGGAUUUAAAUCUGUUGAACAGACACAAUUGUUAUACACAGAGAGAGGAAGUCUGGAACCACACCAUAAAAAUUAUAGUGCUGAUAACAACAUUUGUGAAGUAGAGAGUAGUAAUUUAAUUUCAAAUGCAGAAAAUGAGCUUACAGUUGAAAAGAAGCAUGCUUUAGAAGAAACAUUCACAUUGGAGAAACCACUCAGUAUUUCUGAAGACGUUGAUGUUCUAAGCAAUGCUAAGUGCCUAGAAGAAGAUGCAGUGAAAAUGGGAGAAACAACCAAACAUCAAAUACCAAAAGAAAUAAUGUUAUUGCAAAAAGCAAGGGAUGUAGAUGCCAAAGAGCUGGAAGUAAUGAAACAGCCAACUAUGGAAAGUGGAGAAUGCAAAAUGCCAGCAUCCCAAGAGGAUGAAGUUGUUUCAUUGUGUUCAGAAAUACACACCUCUGAAAAGACAGGAUUUUCUCCAUCAACAGGAAUGGAUGAUAUGAAGUUGACAACUGUGACGACACAGACGAUGAUAAAGGACUUACCUACUGAAAUGAAUACCAGCCAUCCAGUUGGGGGAGAGACACAUGUGCAUGAAAGAGAAAUUGUUCCUAAAUUGAGUGAUGAAAAUAUUUCUCCUUCAACCCCAUCCACAGAAGACACAACACAAAAUGCAGACUCCGUUAGUAUGACUAAGAAGAAGAAAAACAAGAGGACAAAACAAUUGAAAUCGGGAAAGAUAAAAAUAUCUGAGGAGUUAAAUAUCCAUGUUGAAAAGGAAGUAAGUCCAGAGCAGGACCAAAUGAAUGAAUUGAAACAUGACGAGGCUCCUGGGAAGAGUCAUAGCAUUGUCAUGGAGACAAUAUCUUCAGAACAACCUACAAAUGAUUCAGAAUUCAAAACUGGAGAAGAACUGGCAGAUCAGGAGAUUCAAAAACAGUGUGACACAAAAUCAGAUGACACACUAGACAUUAAGAAAAAGAGCCGCAGUAAACGUAGUAAGAAAAUGAAGUCAGAAGAGACUACUCCAGCCAGCCCUAAGUUUCCAGGUGUGGAUAUUGUGCCUUCCAACAGAUCUCUUGAUGAACAAGUGCCAUUACAAAGUACUACAUCCCAAGAAAAAUUUGUGUCAGACAGCACUAAUGUUGGUGGGAACUCUACCCAGAAGCCAGCAUCUUCUAAAAAGAGCAAAAAACAGAAAAGCAAGGCCAUCACUUCAGAUGCGGACAGUGCACCAAAGGAAAUUGUUAAAGAUGUAUCUGGUGAAGGAAUAAGUGGCAGGAAAGUUGUGACUAUUGUUGAUAAGGUGGAACUAGAACAUAUAGACCCACCAGAGCUACAUAUGAUGCAAACUUCUCCAAGCCAAGGACAACUCAGUGAGGAGAUCAAGGAAACAAAAUUAGCUGACCAGAAGAUCACAACAGAGCAAUUCAUUUGGAAGGAAAGAAAAAUGUUGGAAACCAUCAGUGAUAAUCUGGCAGAGACCGCAAAAGUAGGUAGUGAAGCAAUUUCCAGUGUGCAGCUUGUACAUCCUAGAGAGUUUCUUGUGAAAGAAAACUCUAACGAAGAAAUUAAACCAUCUAUAGGAAAUAAAAGUGAAAAAUGUGAUAGAGUUACAGAAUCAAUAGAAAUAGCUAGUGAUGUUGUGGAAACCCCGGGAGAGUUCGUAGUGGCAGAAAACUUUAGUAGAGAAGUGAAACCAUCUAUAGGAAAUGAAACUGAAAAAUAUGUUACAGCUACUAAACCGAUAGAAAUCAGUAGUGUUACUGCUACUGAAACCCCAGAAAAACCAUUAAGUUUUCAGGACUCUGAAAGACCAGAGCUGAUGGAUACAGAGUUAGGAGCCACAAAUUUAAGAACACAAAAGGAAGAAAAGAUGAAUGACUUUGUACCACCGCAUGUAAAUUUGUUACACUUUGAAGCUGAAUAUACGAGUAUACCUGGCACUUCAUCUGAUAACAUGCAGGAAAAUGUUUUUAUUGAAAACAAGCUAAAAAUUGAUAAUGAAGUAAUGAUUGAGAGUCAAGAUACACAGUCUGGUAGAAAAGAAACUGAACAUCCUUUGAAAUCUGAAACAUCAGAUCCUGGAAUUACUAAAGAUAUUAGUUCUUCCACUGCUGUCUCUGCUCAAGGAGAAGCUACAAGCAAGAAAGGUGCUGUUGAACAAGAGAUUCAAAUUCUUUGUGAUGAUGUCACCCAAGAUGCUGAGAUGUGUAUUUGUGAUGCUUAUGCUCCAGAGGGAAGCAGUUUCACAGCAGCUGUAGAUUAUAUUGAAUACAAGAAACCUUGCCCUCAGAUACAAGAUGUGUUGCAGGCACCAGAGAGUCAGCAAAUGAAAAGUGAGGAACCGUCAAGUCAGUACCAGGAGGUAGAGUCGGAGGAAAUGUGGUUAGAGAAGACAACACGACAGAGUGAGGAAGAUAAACCACUGGAAACACCUGAUCAUGGCAAGGAAGAAGAGUUCCAAGAAGAAAGUGUGCAGGGUGGGAGAGAUAAGCUGAACAAAGCAGGAGUUAUUGACAAAGGAGCCAGUGCAGGGAAAAAAGGAAAGAAAUCGACCAAAAGAGAUGUUAAGUUAAAAUCCACUUCAGAUAAUGCGAAAGAUAAAACUCAUCCUUCUCCAGUAUCUGUGUCAACUGAAACACAUAAGUUUGUGGAAGAAAUAAGAAGCGCAGAAAGCAUGAAGUUAGAACUGUUGCCAGAUGUGAAACAACAUACGGACUCUGACAGUCAAGUAAAACCUGAAGGGCUUAGUAAAGUAGAGCCUACUUUAGUAGAUACAGCAAAUGCAGACUCUCAAAUAAAAAGACAAAAACCAAAUAAGAAAGUAAAAAAAGUAAAAAUUGUUUCUGAACUAAAAGCUGACACCUCAGGUGCUGAACAUACUAUGCAUGAAGCUAUUCCAAAAUCACCAAUUUCUGAUUCUGAACAUUCUGCACAAGAAGAAAGUACAGGUAAGAAAAAGAAAACAAAGAAACCCAAGAAUAAAUUACCCAUUGAAGGUGGGCCAAAACAGAAGUCAGAAACUGAUGCAAAGAACAUAUCUGAUGAGACUGUGACUGAUGUAAAGAAGACAACAGAUGCACCUUUACAGAGACGAGAUACAAGGAAGAAACUUCAGCGACCUGCUGACAUAAUACCACCGCUACAUUUAGAGGAAAGAGCUACUAAGAACUCUGAAGCUCAAGAUGUGCCUAAUCAACAUUCUUUCUUAGGUGCACCUUCACACCGUACUUCACCUUUUAUUCCUGAAGUGCUCACUGACUUGGAAAGUGUGGUUUUGACACCUGAAUGGAUGGCAAAAUCACCUCCAGUAAGGACAAUCAUAGAAAAUCCUUUUGUUAGUAACACCAUCCAUCAGCAGGAUAAUGUGGUCAUUGCUGAAAGCCCUAGGGAUCAUUUUGAUGAAAGUCAAAAUGACAAAGAGGACGAUUCUUUGCUACUAUUAUCUGGCAGUACUCCUCCAUCAUCAUUCAAUGUUUUCCCUCAGUCUCCUGUAUCAGCAGAAUCAGAUUCUGGUAUUGCAGAUGAACUUCUUAGUCCCAGACAGGAAGAUGUUUGUGGCUUGGGUUUGGAUGAAAAUGCAGCCAUUUUUGGAUCAGUGAAAGAGAGGUCAAGAAAGCCAAGGAAGAUUGUUGAAAUAAUAGCACCCACUGAUAAAAGUUUUGAGGAAGAAAUUAAGGAACAGGAGUUCUCUGUUGGUUUGGAUAGUGUUGAAGACCAAAGUUCCAUUGAGGAAAAUGUUAAAAAGCUUCAGCAAAAAAUGAAGAAAAGGAAACAACGUCCAAAAAUACCAGAAGAGUUCAUUAGUUCUUCACAGAAUAGAGAUGUUAUUCGUGCUGAGUUGGGUGAGUCUACAUUUGACAGACCUACAGAAAUAGAUGUUCCAGUCACUGAAGGGAAGGAAGUUCCAGCACCUCAUACCAAUGACCUGAAAAAUGUUGGUGAUGUGCAACAAAUUCUCACCUCCGUUGACAACGACAACAGUUUAUCAAAUGUUAAAGUUAAGUCAUACGAGAAACAGGAUAGCAUCACAGGCAGUGUUGAAGACGUUGACUCACGCUGUCAGGAAGCUAAUGUAGAGAAAGAUGUCACUGUUAUGACAACUUCCAAAUUAAUAUCAGAUGUUAUCUCCCCAGAAACAACAGCAAGCCCAUUUAGUGAUGCAUGGAUUAAUGCACUUGAUGAGCCUAUCUUGUUUGAUGAUAGUGAUGAAGAUACGUCUAAGCUUAUUGAAAGUCAUAACAAAGAGUGCAGUAUGAACACACAAGUAUCUUUGAUAAAUAAAGAAGAAAUGCCCUCUGGAAAAAUAGAAGUAAAAGAUACUCUUUUGGAAGAAAUCUCGUCAUUGGUUACUACACAUUUAGCUCCAGAUGAGGAUGUAGAGCCAAAACUUAAGGAUGAAGAUCUUCAGAAAAACAGAACAGAUAUGUCUGAUAAAAUCCUUGAAGACAAUCAGACAGACAAAAGUCAUUAUCAGCAUGAUCUAUUCAAUAAUGACGUUACAAGAAAGGAUACAGUAAAGCCAAAGGAGAUUGUGGGAAGUGAACUGGAACAAGAAGCAUGCAAAGAAGUUACUGCUGAUGACAGAGGAUUACUAGUGACUCAUGACAUUCAGAAAACCGAAAUCACUGACUUCCUUAGCCCACCCACUGGCAGUAUUGAGACACAACUGCAAAAUCCUAUAGAGAAAGCCAAAGAGCUGGAAACUGUGGCUAUUCGAUAUGAAACAAGUGACAGUGAUUAUAAAAACAAAGAAAAGUUAAAGUUCAUUUCCCUGGAUGCAUGGCCGAUAUGUCACACAUACCAGGAGAGUGAAGCAAAGUGGCAACUAAUAAAUGCAGAGCAUAUAAAAAAUGAAAAGGAAGGUGAAGUGAGAGUGAAGUCUGUUGUGACUCCUGCAAAGACUGAAGAGAGGCCAGAGUUCCCAGAUGAAAAACAAGUCGCAUUACCAUGCAGUAAACAAGAUCAUCAUGAGAGUGCUCCUCUAUUUACAAAUACAUUGCGGUAUGAUGUUAUUUCUAUAUAUGAAGCAGAGAGAGACUGGCAGGAAAGUAAAUCAUUAAAACAGAGUAAUUUGGAUUAUGAUUCUGAUGUUGCCCGAGUGACUACAGGUGCAGAAAUAAGUGAGGAAGAUAGGCAACCAGAUUCUGACAUACAGACGAUCAUGAUUGAUGGAAGUGCAAUUCAAGAUAAUGUGAAACUAAGAGAAACAGAGGAUGCAGACUCUAAUGAUGUAAAGUUGAAAACAGCUACACAAGAAGCAUUAAUACCAGGAAGCACUGAUAAACAAAAAAUAAAUCCUGUACAAAAGUAUGCCCUUGAAUGUCUUGCACAAGAAAGACCCUGGAACGAUUUCUUGAAGUUCGUUGAUGCUGAAAAACAGUGGAAGAAAUUAACCAUGCAGAAGUCACUUAGAUUUCAGGUUUCUGCAUUGGCUACUGAAAACCUUACACAGGAGGUAAUUGUUACUGAAAAGCCAGUGGAACCUGUGAAACAUGUGACUGCCGAGAGAAACACAGAAACUGAAACAAUGCCAUCUGCACAACAUUCUGCUCUUGAGAACUUGGCAAAUGAAAGGCAUUGGAAUGAUUCUCUGAAGCUGAUUCAUGCUGAGAGGCAAUGGAAGGAACUCGAUGCCAUGAAGGACACACCCACUUCAGCAGUGUCUGUCUCCACAACACUAGAAGAAGGAGUUGUUGACAGUACACAGAUAGUUAUUAAACCAGUAAAAACUCUCAAGCAGAUAUUUGCUGAUGGGUUUGAGGAAUUUGUGCCCAAAAAUAGAGUUGCUGCUUUUGUAAGUGCUGAAGGUGAAGGAAUUCAGAUUACAAAGGAGCCUUUUAUGGAAACAGAUAGGGUACAAAUUCUUGAAGACAGUGUGCCAGUAAGUCAGCAUCUUGAUUGUACAACUUUAAAUGUGGGGAUUGGAGAUAUUGAUAGGGAGGAGAUUCAUUUUACAGAUUUGACACAUAAAGAUGAUAGUAACCAAGAGUUUAUAUCUUCUGUUACACCAGAAACACAAACUGAUGUGUCAUCUGGAAAAUCAUGGGCAGAUAUUGUUGCUAGCAAGCCUGAAACAACUGUAAAAAUGUCACCACCUCAUGAAGAAACUACUGAGUCUGCAGCUGGUAGUUUGGAUACUGAGAAAUCAGCUGUUGUGGAGGGCACAAAGUUACUGUUAUAUCCUACAGAACAAUCUGUAAUGUCAUUACCAAAGAUACAGAUACAGCAACAAGAAGAAGAAGAUGAUGAUAUUAAUCUUGGUGACACUGCUCAAAAAAUUGAUCCAGAUGGUUUUAUUGAGAUUGUUUCUAAGAAAGAGUUAAGGAGAAGACGGUCAAGAUCCAGAUCAGGCUCACGCAUUAGUAGUGAUGUAUCAAAGGAAAAUGAUGUAGUUUAUUCUGAAAAUGCUCUUGUAUCAGAAAAUGUUAAAGACCCCUCUGAUGAAAGUAAGAUUUUGAGGGCAGAAAUAAAAAUUAGUUCCGUAGAUGUCCCCUUUGAGAAGAACCAUGACUUGAAGCUGAAGCAAAGGCAGUUAUCAGGUCCAGCAGAUGAGAACACCAGGGAACAAACCUCAAUUUCUGCAGCUGAUUCAAAUGACUUUAAAGACGAAGAUAAAAGCAAAAUGAAACGUGAAAGAUCACAACAGAGACUAGCUACGAACGAUAGGCACAGGAUUCGCAGAGACAGUAGCCGAAAGAAACAUUACUCUGAAAGUGAACGUGAAGUUGAUGAGAUAUUACGUGUAUUGCAAAAGGAGGAAAUACUGCGACAGUUUAUUCCCCUUGAUGAAACUUUCUGGGCAAAUAAAUGGAAAUUUCAUGAUUCAGAAGUUCAGUGGCAGACACUUCUAGCCUUGUCAAGAUCAUCAUUAACUGAACAAACUUCAGAAGUAGAGGCUUACAAUGGUGAUGAUCAUCGACGAGAUAAGGAUGAUGGGGGAAGCAGUGGGAACAGUUCACCAGGCUCCAGAACUCCUAGAGGUGUUGGUGAGGGAGGGCAUCCUGACACCACGACAGAGGUGCUAAGUGCUGAUCUGCCAGGUGGCAUGUGCAGCUGGCCUGCUGAAAGCACCUACCUUUCCUUAGAAGAACACACGUCCCGCCUCGCCCACAGAGUUGCAGAGGAUGUCUUCACCAACCUGGAGGAAGAGCCGCACAUCAGUCUUGCCAAGGACGAUUGGGUAUCACAGCUGAAGACUUCAAUUGCUUCAGACACAGAGAACCUGCACAAGAAGAUAGAAAUUUCAGAAAAGGAUCUGAGUAGUUUGCCAACAGAUAACCUCUUGAACAUGUUGAACAGCAUCACAAAAAUCAUAGAAGACUUGGAAGAGAGAGAGCAAGAAUUAACACAGUUAGAACGUUUGCUGCGUGAACUGCCUCAAGAUGUGGAAUGUCAGUCACUUACAGCAAGUCUCUGUGGCCUUCGCACUCACCUGUUAACUCUAGUCUCAAAUGCUGAACAGAAUCGGGCAACUGUUGAGUCUGCCUGGCAGCUGCAACAACGUCGGCAAGAAGAAGUGAAACAGUAUCAGAUAUUGCUUUCUGAACUGGAACAGUGGUUGAAAUCAGCAAAGGUGGUGCUAAGUGCAGAUAUCCAGGAAGCAUCAGCACCAGUCUUGCGUGAACAUAUUACUGCACAUAAGGUCCUAUCAGAAGAGCUGAAGCUUAGAGAAGCUCAACUGACUGAGUUGGCUCAGUUAUGCCACAAUCUUCAGGAUUAUGCAGAUGUGCAUCACCUUGCAACAGUGUUGUUCCAGCAGUUGUCUCAGAUGGAAUCUGCUAUUCGUGAAGCAUCUGAACAGAUAAAUAUCCGCUUAGGUGUACUAAAGGAGUCACUCAUUGCAGAAGAGCAAAAACCAGUUCUCACUUCACAAGAGGAACAAAUGUCCAUCACACCUGCUGAGCUUGUGCCACCUUUACCACAGCCUUCUCCUGUAGUUGAACCUGAUACCCAUCCUGAAGUAGUUGAUGAAGGAUUUGUUUUGGUGUCUUGCCCUGAUGUUCGCGAUACUGCUACCUUCCCUGAGCUUAUUUUACCACCAUCACAGAGAGAUGAGCAGUUUAUUGGGGAGGAGAAGUUGAUAUUAUCCAGAGAAAGAACAGAUGACACAUUGAAUUCUGAUGCAUCCUCAAUGCCCUAUGAGGAAGUUGUUUUGACUACUCCAAUACCUAAUAAAGAUGAAACUGCAGUGUUACAUGCUGAAUCUCAGACUGGACCCAGCUUAUUAAUGGAUCUGUCAGACAGAGCACCUGUAGAAGAGCAUGACAGAGCUUACGGAAAAGCCCAGCCAGUAGACAUGGAGAUACAAACAGAUCUGUUAUCACGUGUUUUACCUGACUCAGAUGUUGCAGUUCAGGUACAACCAUUCCCAUCAUUGGAUAGAGUUGAAAAAGAUAGCAUCAAAGUGUCACAGAAGACAGAGGGCAAUGAGGAGACUAUAGAAAUAUCUACAAAGAAGAUAGCAGAAAUUUCCAAGCCUGUAAGGGAAGUAGGUGACAGUGACUUAUUAGUCCAACUGAAAUCCAAGAGCAAGAAAGGUGAAGAAAGCAAGGAUGAUAUUGAUCCAGUUUCUUCUGAAUUGAAAAUUACACAUACAGUUCCACAGUCAUUUGAAACAGUUGUUGUAGAACCAGGUGAAUCAACUACAGAAGUGAUUGUCGAUGCAGAUGGCUCAAAGAGAGUUAUUGUUCGCAAGACACACAGGACAGUGGUUAUGCGACAGCAACGUGGUAUAAUACAAGAACAUCACUCUACAAUGUUGUCAUCGGAUCGUGCUGGUGUUCCUGCUGCUGAGCUAUUAACACUGUCAGGCAUUACUCCAGACAGUGAGCAGAAAUUACCAGCAAAAAUUGAGGAGUUCCCUGAGGGUCCUGUCACAGACUAUGUACAUACCAGCAGUUCUGUUGUGCCUGUACCAGAAACAGUUUUGGAACCUAUUGAAUCUCAAAAUAUUGAAGUUCAGGUGGAUUCAUCUGAAUUUCCGUCACACGACAGUGCACCAGUUGUUCAGCAUGUUACAAGAAAAAUAAUUAGAAGGAUCCGAAGACGUAUUAUACGAAAAAUAGUUGUAAUAAAUGGUAAAGAACAAGUUACAGAAGAAGUAAUUGAAGAACCAGAAGAAAUCGAAGUAUUGGAAGAUGGCCGGCCAAAGAUUGCCAUUGAGGGUCAAAAUAAUGAUGACAAAGUCCUUUUGGUUGAACCCAGUACAGACAUAAACAUCCAAAAAGAAAUUUCUUACCAAACAGUGCCAGCAGGUACUAAAGUAACUACUACACAGCUGUUUCUAAAUGCAGAACGUUUACUGGGUAUGCCUGUAAAGACAGAACAUGAACAACAAGAUGGGAGCAGAAUACCAGAAGAAAAACAAAUAUAUGAAAAAGCACUAAUGAUUGAACCAUUAGAAACAAAUAUACAGAUAAGAGGAACUGAUACUGACCAGUAUCUUUACUCUUCAGUUUCAUCAGGUAGUGAUCAGCAUAAAGGAUAUAGUGAAGUGGAAAUUCCUGAAGGAGUAGUUCCUGAAGAUUCAAAAAGCCUUUCUCCUCCAGCUCAUGUACUACCAAAGGUGCCAACUGCUGAUGACAAAGUGGAACAAUUACCAGAGGAAACAGAGAAGCAUGAAACAGUUGUUGACAAACCUCUACCAAAGGUGCCAGCUGCUGAUGACAAAGUGGAACAACUAGCAGAGGAAACAGAGAAGCCUGAAACAGUUGUUGACAAACCUCAUCCAACAGAUAAACCAACUGAAGAAACUAUUGUAAAAUCGUUGGAAGAGCCUGCAGUAUCCAAAUCUGCAACCAUAUCUCCAAAACCUAAAUUGGCUGUUGAAACAGAAACAGAAAAACAUGUUAGUCAGCUGGAGGAUGACAGUUUACCAAAACCUACUGUGCAUGAACAGGAGCAUGAUAGCACUAAGGAAGAAGACAAGACUAUACCACUUCAGGAUUCCACAGAAACUUCUUUAGCUGAGUCGACAAAUAUUACAUUGUCUUUGUCUGGGUCAACUGGUCCAUCAAAAGUGACAGAAGAGGAAAUAAUUUUCUUGGACACGUCCAUUCAUUCAGCAGACAGUACUCGCAAAGCAGAGACAGAUGAUACUGGUUAUGAACCAGAAGACAAAACAUUUGAUGAACCUUCUCUCUCAGAAGAUGCGAAAAAACAAACAAAAAAGAAAAAGAGGAGGAGAAAACCAAAGGAAAAACUAAAGGAACCAUCAUCACCAGAUUCUAGAGCAGCAGAAGCAGAAGAAAUUGAAGACUUGGUAGACAUAGACACUUCAGAUAAAAUUCAUCCUGAAUCACUGACAAAAACAGGUUUGAGUGGAACAUUGGAUAGGAAAGGUACAAAAAGAAAAAGAGAUAAAAAGGAUGAUGAGGAAAUGAUGCCUGAACUGAGUGCAGAAGAGGUAGAAGAUUACAGCCCUCGAACAUCAUUGGAAGAUUUCCUGCGAGCUGAAAGGGGCUCAGCUCAGUUACCAAAAGAGACUUAUUCAGUACCAAGAAGUGAAGAGUUUGUUAGGCAGACUCCACAGGCAGUGCCUUCCUCUGUUGAAGAAACACCAGGAACGGUCACAGCUAUGGAUACCAUACACACUGUUGAAAAACUGACACUUGAUCCCAAUGAACAACUGGAUAAACCAGAACAUAUUUCAGCUGUGGAUAUCACUCCCAAGGAAGCUGAAACAGAAACAACAUCAAUGCCUGGUGAUGAAACACUUUCCACGUUUACAGAAGUACCGGUGGAAACUUUAGUUGUCAAACCUGAAGAGGGUCAACUUACUCAAGACCAAGAAAGUGUUCAGACAUCUGAACUAGCAACUCAGACAAUAACAGCUGAUCUGACUCCCACACAGGAAGGAGAGAUGCAGACUUCUCCAGAUCUUUUUAAGAUGUCAUUAUCUGAAACUAUAGAAACAUCAGCUCAGACAGUAGCAGAUGCUAUUCCAGUACAAGAGGUAUCUUCGCAGACAGAGACACUGCUGCCUGGAGACCAGUCUGUUGCAGAAACGGAAGUUUCACCUGUCUGCAAAGAAGAUCAUCUUGUAGCUACAACUGAAAUGUCAAUGCAGACCUCACCAGAAGCAAUCAUAGUGUGUCAUGAAGAAUCUCAGACUGUAACACAAGCAAGUCAACCUGUAGAAUCUUCAGAGUUUUCCAUGCAGACAGUAACAGAGGAUCUAAUUCCCACUCAAGAAGAAAUAGUACAGACAUCUCCAGAUCUUAUUGAAGUGUCACAGGCAGAGACUGUAGUGACAUCAGUACAAACUAAUGUAAUUCCUACUCAAGAAAUAUCCAUGCAGACACUUCCACAUGAAGCUGCAGAUGAUGUUAUUGACACAUCUGUGCAAACACAUAAAGAAGAUCUAGUGCCAACACAAGAAGGCUCUGUGCAGACUAUUGCAGAUAUAGGGCAGCUUCCUCCCGAAGUCUCAGAGAUGUCUUGUCAGACUACUGCAGAUGAGGAGGGCUUGACAGCACCAACAAAUGUAAUUGAAGCAGAAACUGCAGAACUGUCUGUACAGACAUCAGAGGAACUAAUACCGGUGAAAGAAUACGCCAGCCAAGCCUCUGGCUCUGAAUUGCCAAUUUCUGAAAAUGCAGAAAUAUCUGUCCAGACUUUGCAAGAAGAAAUUGCUCCAGUGCAAGAUGAUUCUAUUCAGACAACCCCAGUGAUGGAAACAGAAACUGCUGAAAUACAUAUCCAGACUAAUAAAGAAGAUCUCACACCAACAGUUGAGAAAACAAUGCAAACAAUGACCCCAGAAUUAGAUGCGGUUGUUGAAACAGAUACCUUUGAGAUCUCUGUCCAGACAAUAAAAGAAGAAACUGUGCCAACUACAGAGACUUCUAUGCAGACAGUGACUCCAGAACCUAAACAUGAUCCUGUUAAAGUUACAGCCACACAACAGACAUCACCAGAUUUCAUCACAAUUACUGAGAGUACAGAGCCAGAAGAAUUUGAGGUCUCUCAACCAGCAGCUGAUUCAAAUGAACCUCUUGCUGCAUUGGAUGUACCUAUGCCUCCUGAAGAAUCGCAAACAAAUGAAGCUCAACUCAGUGAAGUGUCUGUGCAGACUAAAACUCCUGAAUCCCCAGAAAAACUUGAAGUGGCAAUUGAAGCUGGUGAAGUCAUAGCAGUGGCUGAAGCAUUUGCACAAACUACUACUCCUGAACCUGUAAGAAAUGCUGAGGUAUCUGUGCAGACCAGUAAAAGGCAAACACCAGAGAAAUAUGAUGAAACUUCAGAUCUAGCAGACUCAUCAAGUAUAGAUAUAUCUGAAGUUUCAGUACAAAGUAAUAAAGACACACCUCCCACUUUUGGAGAAAUGCUACAGAGCUGUAAGCCAGAUAUUGAAGGACAAAUUUCAAAACACACAGAAGAUGCUGUUCAUGUUACCAGUCCCAAGGUCGAACAGGCACUACAGGGCUCAUUGUCAGAAAUUCCUCUGACAGGGAAGUUGGCAACAGCAGAUCUGUCUACACAGCUAAAAUUCCAGGAUAUAGUGCCAACACAGGAAGAAUUUGCCCAGACAUCACCUUUUGAAACUCAUAAGCAAAUAGAGGUGCCACUACCUUUGAAAGACAUCAAUGUGACUGAAACUAGCAUGCAAACAAGUCCUGUUCAGAUAAGCAGCUUAGAGGAAAGCACAUCACCAUCAAUUUCUGAUGAACCAUAUGAAAUACAAAUUCAGGCAUCUAUAAUGUACACUUCAUCUGGACUGCCUACGGUGGAAACUAAAGUCACAAAGCCUGGAGAUACUCAAAGUGAAACAGUUCAUGAUCAGGAAAGCAACAUAACAAGAUUUGAACCAAGGUCUCAGUCAGAAGUAUUGGCUGGAGAUCCUAAAAGAAGUAGCCAUGAACAGAAAUACACAUCAGACAUUGAUGGGUAUGGUCAAGUUUCUAAACAAGACUCUGCAAAUCAAUUAGAUAAGAUGAAGUAUUCAACAGCAAAAGAUGAAGUUGGGUACAAAGUAAGUUAUGAUAGCCAUGAGAAACCAGAUUUGUUACAACAGCAAAUCAAAAUUGGCAAAACUGAAGAUUUUUCAGUAGUAUACAGUGAUACACCAGAAACAACAGAAACUUCUCUUCAGUUGAGAGAACCGAAGACUGUUUAUCUGUCUUCAGCAGGUACUCCAAGGGAGGUACUUCCAUUAGAGGCACAAGGAGCUUCACCUUAUGCAGUUACCACCGUGCAUUCAUCAGAUGAAGGUACUGCACCAGCUCAUGAAAUAUUGUUGGAUGCUGAUGGAAAAAGGAAAGAGGAGGAGAAAUCAGGGGAGGAAAUGAAAACUGAGAAGGAAGAGAAAGGAGAUGAACUUACAUCACAUACAGCUGACACAACAAGCAAAUACAUAUGUAUGGUAAAGGAUACUGCUGUGCCAUCCUACAAAGAUGCAGUUGAGUUACCAGACACUCAGGAAAGGAGCCUGAAAUUAGGGGACAAGGUUUCACCAGAGAAUGAUGCAGCUGCUGUUAAAGCAAAACAUCCGCUUCAUGAUCAGGAGGUAUCUUCUCUUCUUGUAAAAUCAAUUGGCGAUCAUGAGCAAUCUGUUACAGCUAGUAGAGGUGACAGUGAACCUACAUCAUUGUUCGGUGCAGAUCAGUUGCUGUCUCCAGUCUCUGUUCCAGUAUCUACAGACAUGAUAGCUUCAGAGAAAGGUGUUCAGUUGUUGAAGUUUUCAUCAGACAUAGAUACAGAUCAUGAGAAGCCUAGAGCAACUACUGUUUCAUCAACACUGCAAGGUACUGAACUUGGAGAAACCACUGAGUCAUUCCCUGAUGUUGCCAGGGACCAGUUAAUAGAUGUUACCACAGUGUCUCUGUCAGAUGGUAGACCCUUGAAACACUCUGAGCUGCAGCAGUUUAUAAUGGAGGAAAAACAAAAAUCAUCACCAAAGAAUAGGGCACUAAGUGUUGUAGAAGAUGCCAAAUGGAAACAAGCAAGUAACUUGGUUGUAGAACGAGUAAAAAAUCUACAAAAUGCUCGACGCACUACUCAUUUAUCAGGUAUGCUCUGCCUUGCUUCCUUACAUGAAGUUGUCGCAGAAGAAUCAGUUGAACAAAGGAAUACAGCACUUCAGCAGAAUUUGAAUCUCCUGAGGACUGCUGCAAAGAGCAGAGAUGUUAUUGUUAUACAGAGAACUGUAAUAACAACGAUAGAAACAAUUUCAACUUGGCUCGAAACAGUUGAAUAUCGCGUUUUCUUGAAUCGGCAGAAGCAGGCUACUACAUCACCAACACAAGAAGAAAUUAAAAGACAGUUUACUACACUUAAAAAUGAGAUAAGUACUAUUGAAGAGAAUGUUGGUGAAUUGGGAAACAUCUUAGAGGAAACAGAAGGCAUCUGCAAUGAAGAUGAUAAAGCUCGAAUGAAGGAAUGUGUUAUAUCACUACAGGAGCAAGUGAAGGCUGUGGAAGAGGUGGCUCAGGAGACAGAAGAGAGAGCUGCAAGGGAACAUGGACGCUGGGAGGAGUUCCUGAAUGCUGUUAACAACAUCAGUGUUCUAGUUGAAGAACUGAGAAAUCAGGUGGAGGAAAUGUCAGAGUCUGACCUGCCUGCCCGAGAGAAAUUGUGCCAGCUAGAUGAGGCUGAGAGUAUGAAUCACAGCCAUAGGGAGCAAACAUCUCAGCUGUUGCUGACAGCACGUCAGCUUCUUCGUGAUUUUCCAGGCCGGGAAGUCCCUCCUGAGACAUAUGCUGCACACGAGACAACCCGUAUUAUAGAACUAGCAGUGGCUUGUCAGAGGGACAAGGUUCUACAGCAGCUUGCUCUUUCUGACGAGUAUGAGCAAACUCUCCGUGAGUUCGCACAAAUAACAGAUGUUGCUGAUGCUCUUGUAGAAAACGACACUGCGGUGCAGGACCUCAACCACCUGCAAGAAGAAAUGCAGAAACACCGUAAGUUUUUUGUAAAUCUGAGUCAUUGUCGCAGUAUUCUUGAAUCUUUGGAGGGAAAUUUGGACAGUGAGACACGAGCUGCACACCAUGCCCUUCACCAGAGCCUUCACAGACGUGCAACAGCUAUCUUGGAUAAAGCAGCAGCACGAGCACAGCAAAUGGCAUUGGCCGCAUCUCGCUGGACUGUUUUGGAACAAGGCAUGCGUGAUGAAUGUGGCUGGUUAGCUGUGGCACAGCAGCGCUUGCCAGACUUGACUGCUGUAACUACUAGUGAUUUCCACCAGUACAUAUCACUUUUUCAGUCUUUAGCUGCUGACUGUGCAACCCAUCAGGCCCGUAUUGCUCACUUGCUUGAAACAGCACAGAGACUGCAAGAACUAGUCACUUGUGUGGGCUUGGAGACCCGCUAUGAUGAAACUGUCAGUGUGUUACUUCAGUUACAAGAUGAUGUUGCUGCCAACUUAAGACGCCUAGUUGCAUUCCGUGAACACUGGACUGCCUAUGAUGCCUUAGCAACGAGACUCGAUAAUUGGAUUAUUUCAGCUGAUAAAGAGCUUGACCAGAUAUCCAGCUCUACUGGUACACUUACUGGCAGUAUGAGGCAGUUCUGGGAACUGAAGGCACAAUAUGAGUUGCACAAUGGACUACGAUCAGAAGCUGGAAAUUGCUUUGAUGCUGCAAUGCGUACACUUCCUGUUGCGGAUGAAAUGCUGCAAAGGCAGCUGCAUGCACAAUUGGAGGAACGGUGGCAGCGCCUAUCAGGGCGAGUUAUAACUGUGAGGGAUGCAGCAACACGUGGUAUUGAAGAUGAAUCAGUACCACUUGCUGACAGGCUUGCUGUACUCGCUGGUGAGCUAAACGAACUACAGGCUGCCCUGGAUGACAUGCAUGGUGUCUUGCGCUCACCUGACGAACUGGACUUAUACAUUCAGAGGCUUCAGGUGAUGAAAGAACGCCUUGAUGGUAUCCAGGAGGAACUGGGAAGGCUAGGUCUGCUAUCAGCAGAACAAUCAGAUAUGGUAGGCUCACUACUUGGUGGUGCCCGGCAGUUGGAGCUACAGGUCUCUGAGGAGUUGGAGGCAGCUGAACAGGUCCGAGAACAGCUUCGGACUGUCAGCCGAGGAUUAACACGAGCAACUACAGCACAGGGGAGGACUGCAGAUGUUCUGGCAGACUGUGAACGUGUCCACGACCAGGGAGCAGAUGUCAUUUCACGUGCAAUAGAUCGCUGUGUUGUUGCCGGACAGGAUCUAGGCCAGCAGUGGCAACAAUUGAUGGCACUCAGGCAACAACUGCAUGCAAUACCUGCUUCACGUCUGCGCCUAUCUCUCUCACCACAAGGUGUAGAAAGACAGAUGUCAGCACUACAAGAUACACAUGCAGCUUUGGAGCAGCAGCAAGGUCAGCUACUGCAGAUGUUACGUGCCCGCUUUGCAUUGUGGCAGAACUUUGAGAGGCGGCUUGAAACAGUCAGACAACAAGUUGCAGAAGCUGGGUACAUGAUGGAACUGCUGACUGUCCAAGGAAGUGUUGAUCUCGACAGGCUGGUCAAAGCUACUGAGAGGUUGCAGGGUCUAAGUGGGUCGUUGGAGGAAAGGGAGCAGCUCCUGACAGAGUUGCACGAGGCGGCGGCGGCGCUGUCGGGCAGCUGCGCGCCAGAGGUGUCCCGGCAGGUGGCUGCGGCCGUGGAAGAGGCGGUGGCCAGCUGGCAGGAGACGCGCCGCUCGCUGGGCGAACUGUGCUCGCGCUACCGCCACGCCGUCGACCUCUGGCGCCGCUACAGGGACGCCAGCGACGCCGUGCGCGCCUGGGCCGACCAGCAGCUGCUCGAGGCCGCCGACGCGCCGCACGUGGACGCCGACGCCGACGCCGUGCAGAAAGGUGUCAAGAAGUGAACGAAAAUCGUGACCGUGUAGCGGCGCGACCGCAGCGCUCUGCAUUUCGGGAGUAUACGAGAAGGCUGGAGGAAGCUGGCAGCAGUGGC